UGCGUGUUUGCGUCGGCAAUUAGCAUCACAAUAAAGGUGGACCGGGACCUCAUACAGAUUUGUUUAGCAAAGCUUUAAGGACUGGAAGGUUGGGUGUGUAUGAGUGUGCCGGUAUCCUAGAUAAAAGGUAGAAUGUCUCUCGCAGAUGACUGGGCUCAGUCUGCUGACAAGCAGGAAUCAGUGCUCUCCUCAAAGGUGGGCGGCCUUCAGCUGGGCGCCGGCGACGCUCCGGCCGCCGAGAACGGCGCUGCCGAUGACGUGGGCUCGGCGGCCGACUCGUCCCUGCUGCAGAAGGUGAUCAGGACCGGGCUCAUCAAGAACAAGAAUGACAUCGAGGUGCAGCGCUCAGACCCCAACUCGCCGCUGUACUCCAUCAAGUCGUUCGAGGCCCUUAAUCUGCGGCCGGAGCUGCUCAAGGGCGUCUACGCCAUGGGCUUCAACGCGCCCUCCAAGAUCCAGGAGAUGGCGCUGCCGAUCCUGCUGGCUGACCCCCCGCAGAACCUGAUCGCUCAGUCGCAGUCCGGCACGGGCAAGACGGCCGCCUUCGUGCUGGCCAUGCUCAGCCGGGUGGACAUCACCAAGAACUACCCGCAGGUGCUCUGCCUCUCCCCGACGUACGAGCUGGCGCUGCAGACGGGGGACGUGGCGCAGAAGAUGGCCCAGUACUGCCCCGACAUCAGGAUCAAGUUCGCCGUGCGCGGCGAGGAGCUGGCGCGCGGCUCGCACCUGGACGAGCACAUCGUCAUCGGUACCCCGGGCAAGGUGCUCGACUGGGGCAUCAAGUUCCGUUUCUUCGACAUCAAGAAGAUCUCGGUGUUCGUGCUGGACGAGGCGGACGUGAUGAUCUCGCUGCAGGGCCACCAGGACCAGAGCAUCCGGAUACACAAGAUGGUGCCGAAGUCGUGUCAGAUGCUGUUCUUCUCUGCCACUUACAACACGGAGGUGAUGAACUUCGCAGAGGCCAUCGUGUCAAACCCAGUCAUCAUUAAAUUGAAACGAGAGGAAGAGAGCUUGGAUAACAUCAAGCAGUACUACGUGGAUUGUCAGUCCGAGGAGGCCAAGUACCAGGCCAUCUCCAACAUCUACGGCGUCAUCACCAUCGGCCAGGCCAUCAUCUUCUGCCACACGAAGCGGACCGCCUCCUGGCUCUCCAACAAGAUGAUCCAGGACGGCCACAGCGUGGCGCUGCUCUCCGGCGAGUUGACGGUCGAGCAGCGCAUCAGCGUGCUGGACCGCUUCCGCGACGGCAAGGAGAAGAUACUCAUCACUACCAACGUGCUGUCGCGCGGCAUCGACGUGGAGCAGGUGACGAUCGUGGUCAACUUCGACCUGCCGGUGGACCAGACGGGCGCCGCCGACUGCGAGACGUACCUGCACAGGAUCGGGCGGACCGGCCGCUUCGGCAAGGCCGGCAUCGCCAUCAACCUGGUGGACGGCCGGCGCUCCAGCAACGCCGUCCUCCAGCAGAUCGUGCAGCACUUCGGGCGGAAAAUUCACAAGCUGGACGUGGAAGACGUGGACGAAAUAGAAAGGAUCAACAAAGACUAGACCAUCACCAUCUCAACAGCCGUCCUUUGGCGGAGUCGUGACCGCGCCACGCCGGAGCGGGGCCGGCGGCCGGCACCAGCUCCGCUCGCUUCAUUUCCACGCCGACCGUUGUACCUGGGCACGCGUGCGCCGAGUGUUCGCGCGGGUGCGCGUGCAGAGGAGAUUCCCGCACUGCUUACGCUUAUGCAUUUCGUCGCCGGAGUGACGCCCUUGGCGGCCAUUGUGUGCGGUCAUGACUGGACGAGUCUCCCAGAUAGAAAUAAAUUUUGUAUUUACA